CUCUUCCUAAUCCUCCCCUUAUAAAUUUCAGUUUCCUGCCCCAAGAGUUUCUUUCUUAAAUUGCUUCCUUGGAAUUGGUGGCUUGAGGGAGACAGGGGGGAGGUGAAAAGAAAAAAUAAGAGCCGACCUUCAUCCUGCAACCCAUCCUCUUCCUCUUUCUCUUUUCCUCCAGAUAAUUCAAGAGAGAGGGAGAGAGUGACCUGCAAUCCCCCUGCCGGCCGCCUUGCAUUUGCAGUCCGGUCGGAAGAAGUUCUCCGGUAAGGUGGGUAGUAUCUGAAGAUGGACGCCGCUGGGACAUCUAAUUUUCAUAGCAGUGCCGGAGAUGACCUCCAAGGUUUGCCGCCUGGCUUUCGGUUCCAUCCUACGGACGAAGAACUUGUGACCCAUUACCUUUCCCCGAAGGUCGUCGAUCCGGGGUUCCAGGCAGGAGCCAUUGCAGAAGUUGAUUUGAACAAGUGCGAACCAUGGGAGCUUCCACGGAAGGCCAAGAUGGGAGAAAAGGAAUGGUAUUUCUUCUGCAUGAGAGACAGGAAAUACCCAACGGGCAUGCGGACAAAUAGAGCCACGGAGGCAGGAUACUGGAAGGCCACGGGCAAGGAUAAGGAGGUGUACAGAGGGAGAAACACACUGGUAGGAAUGAAAAAGACUUUAGUUUUCUACAGAGGGAGAGCUCCCAAAGGAGAGAAGACCAGUUGGGUGAUGCAUGAAUAUCGGCUAGAGGGAAAAUUCUCCUACUACAAUCUCCCUAAAACAUCCAAGGACGAAUGGGUUGUUUGCAGGAUUUUUCAUAAAAACAGCGGGAUUAAAAGAGGUGCAGCAGGAUCCGAUCAGUUGCUGAGAUUGAAUUCCUUUGGCGAUGAAUUGGACUCUUGCUCCUUGCCUCCGUUGCUGGACUCCCCUUGUUUCCCCGUUGUCUCGCCCGUUGCCGACACAGAUGAUGAUUUUAAGACUUUGCGAGCCUCUGACCCUUUAUUGCAUAUGCCCCGCUUCUUCACUACAUGCUUGGAUGGACCAGGCAUUAGUCAAAAAGUUCUUGAGAGCUACCCUCAUCUGAAUCAAGCCAACCCUUACAUGGCCGCUGCGGGCUCCACAUUCUCCCCUACUCCCCAGGCAUCCGCCCAACCUCAGAAUCCACUUUUCAUUAACGCUCAAGGCUUGGCAAAGUUCAAUCAUCAAACAAGGAACAGUUUAGAAGUAGCAGUUGGAACGCUCUUUCCAUACUACGACCUGGGCUCAUCUGAUCAUGAGACGUUAAUUAGGACCAUGGAAGUCGCCAAUCGGCAGAAUUUAAUGACAAGGCAGUGCAAAGACGAGCGGCAGGGAGAGUCCCCUCAGCGAGAAGCAACGUACGGCCGUUUCUCCAAUCAAUCCAUGAUCACAGCAUCGCAGGACACGGGCUUGAGUGCAGACGUCACCCCCGAGAUCUCCUCGGUUGUCUCCAGGAAUAUUCAGCUGGGCAGCAGUAGCAGAUUACAUAACGAUCCAGAUGCCGCACCUUCAGCUUCAGGUAGACCUGUCGACCUCGAAUGCCUGUGGGACUACUAAUCAAGCACAUUGCUCUCUAGGGAACCGCGCCCAAAUUAAUGAGAAUCAUCGAUCCGUUAUGUGAAUGUACACACACAAAGAAAAGAAGAGAACAGGUACGCAGUCAAUAAGAAAGGAUACAGAAGCGGACACAGCUGGUCACUCAUGUAUAUGAUUUAGAUUUGUAACAUACCGUGACAGUUGUUUAUUUAUUUAAUUUUUUCCCCUUUUCAGUUUACAAUCAUUCUAUCAUAUGCUGUUGUUGUUAGCGUUCGAAAACCAGUAUUUUGGCUAACGUGAUGUUACAGUGUAUAGUUGAUUUAUUUUGUCCUACUACCAACUUAAUCAGCCAAUCGAGGCGUGCUGUCUGAUGCUUGACUUGUGAGCGUCGUAGCUGAAGCCCCAACAUUCUCAUAUGGACUGGGCCAAGCGAUGAACAAUUAUUACUUUUAUUGUCUUUGAAUUGGUCUCCAUGCCCACGUUUCGACUCCCCAUGUUUCUUCUCUCCUUGAAAGGUGCAGCAGAAGGAAACUGAAAAGAAACAGAAAAAACGAUAACACGCAAUUGUGUGGAGU